CAUCACUGUUUUUGCGUUCUUCGUCGUCGAUUCUGAUCUCCGAAGUUGCAUUCUUGCCCUCACAAAACCAAGCUCUCCAGCCUGCGCAAAUCCAACAGGUGCAUGAACAAUUACCUUCUACCCAACCUGUGGCGAAUGUGGAUACAUCUGCUCCAAUUACCUUUCCAGCAAUGCCUCGACCAUUGCCUUUCAGUCUUCUCUAUGGGAGCUCAGAAACGGCUGCUGGAAGUUCUGAAAAUAGAGAAGAUGAAAUUCAUGAGGUAAAGGAAACAAUUUCUCAAGCCAUUUCAGAAGAGGAGGAUUUUUGUAUCAUCUGUCUUGAAGAGUAUACUGCAGAGAAUCCUCACAUUGUCCCAAAAUGCGGACAUAAUUUUCAUCUGAAUUGCAUACUUGCUUGGCUGGAGCGAAGUGACCGCUGCCCUGUUUGUGACCAGAUAAUAUUGAGAGAUGAUCUUCUCGGAAUGCAAACCUGAUACGUGUAAAGCGGGCUUUGAGUUUCUUUCAUGUUGGUGCCAGACCGGAUGAAAAGGAAUAGAAACUCUUCU